UACUCAAGUGUCAAAAUCAACUUGAACGUCACUUUCACGUUUUCACGCAUUACUUAUUUUUCACGUGUUGAUUGUAAUUUAAGUUGUUUUUAAAUUAAAAUUAUUAUUAUAUUUACAUUAUGGCCAAGAAACGCAAGUUAGAAUCUAAAGAGAGUAAUGUCCAAAAGUCUUCACCCAUUGAAGUUGUAGUAGAAGAUGUAACGAGUCAUCCGUUGUGCUUACACGGUCCUACUUUGUUAUUUUCGAACGAAAAGGGCCGAUAUUUUGGAUGUUCCUCAUGUAGGAAUAAGAAAGACUGCACCAUUCAUAUUGACGAGGAAGACUGGGAAAAGGAGAAUGUUAAGAAACGCAACGAAAAGUAUUAUAGUUUAAUACCGAAGAUUGAUAAAGCUAGCGCAUGGAAGAAUUUUAAUGAGGUAAAAUCCUGCCAUUAUUCAAACCGGGCCUACUGCAACACAUGUAAAGAGCUGUACAUCAUGUCACAAAGUAAGAAACAUCUCAAGGACCACAGAGUCACAAUGUCUCUCACUGACGAGCAGCUCACGCACCCUUCAUCAUGGCUGCCAACCUUAGAGAAUGAUGCUGUUGAAGCUCAGUACAUGUUCACUAAGAAAUCUGUUGGCACCAUACUUGGGAUCUUGAAGAAUAAUAAAAUUUCAAAUAUUAUCUGCAUCGGAACACCGUCAGUGCAUGAAGCUGCACAGGCCCAUCCGGACUAUGACUCAAUAUUACUUGAUUUCGAUACUCGUCACCAUCUGUUCAAUGCACCCAACAAAUACAUCUGGUAUAACAUGUUCAACAACUACAUGUUUAACGGCAAUGAAGAUGAGAGGAUUUUGAAUAAGUUCUUCAAGAAAUCUAAAAAUGGAGGUAUUUGUGUGGUAAUGGACCCUCCCUUUGGAGGUCGUGUAGAACCACUCGCACACACACUGAAAGAGUUAGAAGCAACAUACAGAAGGGUCUGUGAGAGACCAGAUGAUGACACCCUUCCUGUCUUAUGGGCAUUCCCAUACUUCUCAGAACCCUACAUUAGAAAUAUAUUGCCCAAAAUAAGGAUGCAUGAUUAUCAGGUUGAAUACGAAAAACAUAAGAAAUUCCAAAGUAAGACUAAUACGGGCCGCAAAUUCGGAUCACCGGUCCGUUUCUUCACCAAUUUGCCGCUCAUCACAAUAGACUUAUCAAACGAUAAGAACUAUAAACUGUGUGAUAAGUGCAAAUAUUGGGUUGCUGCUAGUAAUAACCACUGCAAUAAAUGUAAAGAGUGCACCAGUAAAAAUGGGAUGACAUACAAACACUGUAAUAUCUGCAAGAGGUGCGUGAAGCCUACGUUCUUCCACUGUGGUGUGUGUGAACGAUGCUGCCAACAGAAGGGGCAUGUGUGUGGUGUCGUUGUUGAGAGUCAGUCUUGCUACAAGUGCAAGGAGAAGGGACACAAGCAAGCCAGCUGCCCGCAACAAACAAAAGGAAAUAAAAAAAGAAAACAAGCAUAACCAUUAUUUUUUUUAUUUACAAAAUAAAUCUAUAUAAAAUG